CUUGAAUGGAGUCCGCUCGCCAACGCCUCCCUGCGCCCAAAACGUGCACUUCGAACCACACCAGCCAUCGAUAUUUUCGGCAGGACGAAAUAAAAAAAUCGGAAGAUUCGACCGUGAAUGUUGUUACCCGGCGAAAAUAUUCGUGGCUACGUAGUUCAACGUUCGUGCGCGUGGAGGCGCCAGUAAACGGAAGCCAAAAACGGCGGGCACGUCUACUUCCAGUCUCCUUCCAGAAGUGUACCAGCCUCGCGCUCCCUUCCGUUCUCCUACGACCUACGUCAUCAUGUGUGUACAUUAAAACGUCCGCGUUGGCCGCGCGUGAAACGACGCGAGGAAAACAAUGGAGGUGACGAGCUCAAACUUUCAGGACGUGCUGUCCGAGCUGGAGAGCGUCAUAAGGGACGCCACUUUUCUCAGUAUCGACGGCGAGUUCACCGGUCUCAACUCGGGCCCGGAUGCCGGCCCGUUCGACACGCCGGCUCAGUAUUACGCCAAGCUGCGAGGGGGAUCGAUGGACUUUCUGCUCGUCCAGUUUGGCCUGUCCGUCUUUACGUACGACGUGCAAACGAACAAAUACUCUCAGCGCUCUUACAACUUCUAUGUGUUUCCCAAACCGCUGAAUCGCCAGGCGCCGGACAGCAGAUUCCUGUGCCAGGCGUCGUCCAUGGCGUUUCUGGCGAAUCAAAACUUUGACUUCAACAAGCUGUUCAAGCACGGCAUACCGUAUCUCUCUGCGAGCGAAGAGGAGAAGCUUGUCAAACGCAUGGAGGAGAGGCAGAAACUCAAAGAGGACAACAAUCAGGACAUUAUUCCAAUAUCGGAUAACGACAGGCCUCAAAUAGAAGAGAUAUGUUCUAGAAUAGAGAAUUUUCUUACCUCAGAUGAAAAAGAGUUGACGAUAGACAAAUGUAAUGGUUUUAUGAGAAGACUGGUGUAUCAAGAGGCACGGAUCAGGUGGCCUAGCAAAGUGAGAGUUGAAAGUAAGAUUGAGAACACCUGGCACUGUCUUCUGGUGCAGAGAGCAGGUACCAAGGAGGAGGAGGAAGAAAAGGAAAAGGAGAAGCGCGAGAGGGAGAAAUUGGAGAUUAAACAUGCUGUAGGACUCAGCACCCUCCUGAAGAAGAUUGUAGAGUCUGAAAAGAUAAUAGUAGGACAUAACAUGCUGUUAGAUCUAUGUCACAUUGUACAUCAAUUUUUCACAUUUUUGCCAAGUAGCUAUUCAGAAUUCAAGACCUUGCUUCAGGGCUUGUUCCCUAGUUUGUUGGAUACGAAAGUCAUCUGUCAAUCGCAACAGUUUAAAGAGCUUGUGUCGUCGUCGAACUUGAACUCGUUGUUGGACAUCGUGAGCAAGCCUCCAUUUUCCAUUCCCGAAGUGGAGCCUGUGGAAGGACGCAGUUAUUCGGUGUCGAAAGAAAAAUCGCACGAGGCAGGCUAUGAUGCGUACAUCACUGGAUUAUGCUUUAUUGCAUUGUCCAAUUAUCUUGGCACAUUGCAAAAAUCUGAAAACUCUGUGGUAUUAGCGAAUUCACCUUUGCUUAAUUCUUAUCUCAACAAACUUCCUAUAGCAAGACUGAAAGAUUUUCCUUAUAUAAACUUGGUAGGAAAGGAUCCAAAUCCUAGCAGAGAUCACGUGUUUCAUCUGACAUUCCCUAGAGAAUGGAAACAUGCGGAAAUCAGUCAAAUCUUUAGUCCAUUCGGAGGCGGAUAUAUUUCGUGGUUAUCCGACACAUCUGCGUACAUAGGCUUAUAUCGGCGCGAUCAGACCGGCGCCGUGAAGGCGAAUUUUUCCGAGAAAACUGUGUGCAAAAUACAGACCUACGCACAGCACCAAGCCACCUUGCAGAACGUCUCUCCAGAUGACCGUAAACGGAAGUUGUUAACGUCAAAGAACGUGGACCCGAAGGAUGACGAGAAGUCGACGACCAACGGCACCGUGAAGGCACCGAAGGAAGAGGACGACGACGACGAGUGGCAAGUUGCCACGGGUAAAAGGCGCAAGAAACGCAAGGAGCCAGCGGUUGCCGUCGUGACCGAGACCGUGGCCGACAAGAAAGCUUUUGAGGAAAACGACUCUUGGAACUAACUGCGGUGUUCCGGGGAAACGCGUCACGUUGGGCGGCACGAAAUCGUAUAUGCAGCGAAUGCAUACAUAUGUACAAAAUACGUAACACGCAGCGCCGAAACGUGCGGAAUAAAAAACGGAACGAAAAGUACUUUGACUUUAUUCACCUCCACUUCUAAUCACGUUAGACGAAAUGUAUGUAACAUUAUCGAGAGAUACAUUUAUAGAUAUAUUUAAAUUUUUAAUAAAUCCUUUAUUUCUGAUAA